AUGUACCAGUUGCUCAAGGCCCUCAAUGCGAAGGUCUAUUCACAGCAGCGAGAAAUCGCUCUGCACAGCGGUGCAGUCGUGGCGUUGGAGCGGGACCUCAGCCAGACCAGAAAUAUUCUCAAUUCUUUCACAGAAACAAUCGCACCGGGCGAAAAGCGAGUGGUGGACACAGACCUUCUGGACCGAGAGCUGCGAAAGUCUCAAACAGCAAACCGCGCCUUUCAGAAGGCGCUGAUGGAGAUUGGAGAGGUUGUCUUUGCCGUCGCGCAAGGUGACCUGUCCAAGAAGGUUACUAUUCACGACCAGGAGAUGGACCCCGAAAUUGUCAAAUUCAAGGAAACAAUCAACAAAAUGAUGAGCCAACUGCAACGAUUCGCUUCCGAAGUUACCCGUGUGGCCACAGAGGUAGCAGGAGGAACGCUAGGAGGACAGGCAGAAGGAGAAGGAACAGUUGGUGUGUGGCGAGAGCUUACUGAUAACGUCAACGUCAUGGCCUCAAAUCUUACAAACCAGGUGCGAGAAAUCGCUGAUGUUACUCGAGCUGUUGCCCAGGGUGAUUUAUCGCGGAAGAUUAAUGUCCACGCACAAGGAGAGAUUCUGGAACUGCAAAAGACUAUCAAUACCAUGGUGGAACAACUACGUACGUUCGCCUUCGAGGUCACGCGAGUGGCCAGAGAAACAGGUGUGGAAGGAAGACUGGGUGGCCAGGCCCAGAUCGAAGGUGUCGAAGGUAUUUGGAGAGAGCUCACUGACAAUGUCAACGCCAUGGCUUCUAACCUGACUGACCAAGUGCGAAAUAUCGCCAACGUCACUACUGCUGUCGCAAGAGGAGAUUUGUCUCAAAAGGUGUCUGCUGACUGUAAGGGAGAAAUUCUUGAUUUGAAGUCUACCAUCAACAAAAUGGUGGACCGAUUGCAGAACUUCGCGCUGGAAGUUACUACACUGGCUCGAUCAGUCGGUACUGAGGGUAUUCUGGGUGGGCAGGCCAAGGUCGAGGAUGUGGAGGGUGCAUGGAAGGAGAUCACUGAAAAUGUCAACGUGAUGGCAUCUAACUUGACCACCCAGGUCCGAAGCAUUGCCCACGUUACCACAGCAGUCGCCCAGGGUGACCUGUCACAGAAGAUUGAUGUGCAUGCUCAGGGAGAAAUGCUUGCCCUGAAGUCCACUAUCAACAAAAUGGUGGAUCGUCUGCAGGUGUUCGCCUCUGAGGUGACUCGAGUGGCCAAGGAUGUCGGUAUCGACGGUAAGCUUGGUGUGCAGGCUCAGGUCUCCGAUGUCGACGGUCUUUGGAAGGAGAUUACCACUAACGUCAACACCAUGGCGGCCAACCUGACUACCCAGGUUCGAGCCCUGGUGCAGAUUACUGCCGCUGCUACAGACGGUGACUUCACCCGAUUCAUCACCGUCGAAGCCUCUGGAGAGAUGGAUGCCCUGAAGACCAAGAUUAACCAGAUGGUUCUGAACCUGCGAGAGUCCAUUCAGCGAAACACUGCGGCUAGGGAAGCUGCCGAGUUGGCCAACAGAGCCAAAUCCGAGUUCCUGGCCAACAUGUCUCAUGAAAUUCGAACCCCCAUGAAUGGUAUUAUUGGUAUGACGCAAUUGACACUCGACACUGAGCUCACUCAGUACCAGCGAGAGAUGCUGAGUAUCGUCCACAAUCUGGCUAACUCGCUGCUCACAAUCAUUGAUGACAUCCUGGAUAUUUCCAAGAUUGAAGCUAACCGGAUGACUAUCGAAAAGAUUGCCUUCUCUCUGCGAGGCACUGUCUUUGGUGCCCUCAAGACCUUAUCCGUCAAGGCAAAUGAGAAGCCUCUGGAUCUUGUCUACAAGGUGGACAACACCUUCCCUGAUAACCUGGUUGGUGACUCUUUCCGUUUACGUCAGGUUAUUCUCAAUCUUGUUGGUAACGCCAUCAAGUUCACCGAGUCCGGAGAAGUCGCUUUGUCUGUGCGAAAGGCUGAUGAUCAACGCCCUGGUUCCCCCGAUGAGAUGAUGAUUGAGUUCUGCGUGUCUGAUACUGGUAUCGGUAUCCAGUCUGACAAGCUGGACGUUAUUUUCGACACUUUCUGCCAGGCUGAUGGUUCUACCACCAGAAAGUUCGGAGGUACCGGUCUUGGACUCUCUAUUUCCAAGCGACUCAUCAAUCUGAUGGGUGGAGACAUAUGGGUCAAGUCCGAGUACGGCAAGGGUUCUCAGUUCUUCUUUACCCUUGCUGUGCAGCCUGCGGACAGUGGACUUUCUCAGCUUCUGGACAACAUUGCACCUUUCCGAAACCACUACGUUUUGUUCAUCAACACUGAGCACGAGCAAGAAGUCGUCGACCAGCUCGUCGACAACAUGCAACGACUCAACCUCAAUGCUUGGGUGGUCGACUCUCUGGAAGAGGCUCCUCUGCCAGAAGACCGAUCUGGUCCCAAGUUCGAUACAAUCAUUGUGGACUCUCUGGAGGUAGCUACCAAGCUGCGAACUCUCAACCAUCUCAAGUACAUUCCUUUGAUACUACUUCAUCCCUGUAUCCCUCAAGUGAACCUCAAGAUCUGUCUUGAUCUCGGUAUCACCUCUUACGGUAACACUCCCUGUUCUACCAACGAUAUUGGUAACGUGCUGUUGCCUGCUUUGGAGUCUCGUGCCGCACCUCUCAACUCUGACGGUCAGAUGAAGUUCCAGAUUCUGCUUGCUGAGGAUAACGUUGUCAACCAGAAGCUGGCUGUGCGAAUUCUGGAGAAGCACCAGCACCGAGUUGAGGUUGUCGAAAACGGCUAUGAGGCAUUUGAGGCCAUCAAGAAGAAGCGAUACGACGUUGUUUUGAUGGAUGUUCAGAUGCCUGUAAUGGGUGGAUUCGAGGCCACAGCCAAGAUUCGGGAAUGGGAGAAGCAGAAUAUCACUAUUCGAACCAGAACUCCCAUUGUGGCUCUCACUGCACAUGCAAUGCUUGGGGAUCGGGAACGAUGCAUGCAAGCUCAGAUGGAUGAGUACCUGAGUAAACCUCUUAAGCCUGCUCUUCUGGUGCAGACCAUCAACAAGUGUGUGCACUCAGUUAACCAGCUUAGAAGCUUGGCGCUCGGCCCUACCUCGACCUCUUCUGUGAAUCAGAUUCUCAGUCGAAGUGGGCAACACAAGAGCGCCGUGGCUGCCUCUUCUUCUGCUGCCUCUGCAUCCAUGCUACCCUAUGUGGCACCUCAACCCACAUCUCCCGUCUUGUCGCCAUCAUUAGAGGACGCCAUUAUUAAAACCACAGAUGGCGUCGUGUCAAAGAGCCCACUUCCCCCAAGUCAGUCGAAGCCUCGACCUACCAUUGAGCAGCGGUCACGUACGGUGACCUCUGUGCCCCAUGUGGAUUACCCCGAAAAUGGCGGCGCACGAAUUGUCGCAAUUGAUGAGGGCACCGAACCCGAGAAAGAAAGUGAACAGCCUCCCUCCAACAGACGAGUAAACAGUAAUUGA